AUGGAUACUCGAAACCGAAAAACCUCGAUAAAGGGAGAGGAAGAACUGCACAACUUGCAUACAAUAGUCAAGACCCUGGUUACUACAUUGUGUACCUCAGAUGAAUUCAUAUCUACAUUGAUUAAAACAAUAACUGAGAGUCUUAAUGAUAAAUUUAAGAAAGAUUUUCAAAGUUUAAAAGAUGAAAAUAAACAAUUAGUGAAAAAAUUACAAAAUCAGGAUCAAUCAAUAAAAAACCUAAUCAACAGACAAGAGAUAUGGGAUCGUUCUAUUAGAAACCGCAAUCUUAUAUUUUAUGGUAUAAAGGAAAACGAAGGGGAGCGAUGUACCGAUGUUCUAAUGGAUUUUUUCAUGAAUAAAAUGAAGUUAAAAUUAGAAAAUUCUUGUAUUGAGAGCUGUUUUCGAUUAGAAAGAAAAGUAGGCAAUAAAGAUAGACCAGUGAUGGUAAAAUUUUCUGUAAAAUUUUGUAAGGAUUUAGUUUUUAAAAACAAAAAACUUUUAAAACAAACUAAAAUUGUAAUUAGAGAAGAUUUGUCUCAAGAACAACAAAAUAUAAUAAAAGAGACUCUUAAGAAGGUGGGAAGCAGAGGAAAAGUGUGGACAAUGUCAGGGAAUAUUUUUCUAAAACUCAAUGAUAACGAACAAAUUAUCAAAAUCAAUGAAUUGGAAGAUACUGAACUUUUUAAUUAA